UUUUCCCUCACACAAGUCACACGCACACCCGCUAGCCCCCGUCCCCCGUCCCGCCCGUACCUUCCUCCGCCGCCUCCGUCCUCGUUCCAACCGUGGGCAGCAGGCAGGCCCAAGUAUCUGCAGUAGAUUGGUGGAGAGGAAGAAGACGGCAGGCACCCACGCAGAUCAAACGUGCUCCGCCACCCUUGGUUUCGGCGAAUCGGCGCCGUACGCCGUAAAUCGAGCCGUCUCCGAGCAGAUCGACGCGCUGCAUAGCAAUUCGACCCGUCUCCGGCCAAAUCGACGUCCAGAGCUGCAAAUUGACCCAUCUCCGCGCUGACCUCCGCUUGUGCCUGCCGAGGAGCGCCGAAGUUACGCCCUUCUCGUGAAGACAUCCUUGAUAAACCUGAUGGCUAUCGCGGAGAGCUGUGUUGAUGCGGUGGUCAUGGAGAUGGUGGCUGUCUACUGCGGUGGCCUCUAUGCCGCCAAGCCAGAGCUUGCUGCCCGCCGCAUUGAGGCCAUCGGCUUUCAGGUUGGGCACCAGCUCUCUGAGAGAUAUACCAUGGAGCGUCCACGAUUUAGUGAUCAUCUUGAAGCAAUCAAAUUUAUCUGCAAAGACUUCUGGUCAGAGCUGUUCAAGAAACAGAUUGACAAUCUGAAAACAAAUCAUAGGGGUACCUUUGUCCUUCAAGAUAACCGUUUUCGGUGGCUUACUCGUGUUUCUCUAGAUCCAUAUACAGAGAACAGAGAUUCAACUGAAAAUGAUUCUGCAGCAUUGGGUGAUACAGCAGCCCAAACAACUACCAUGCUUCUGUAUUUCCCAUGUGGAUUGAUAAGAGGUGCCUUGACUAACUUAGGAAUUCCGUGUUCUGUCUCUGCUGACAUGUCAAACCUUCCAGCAUGUUCGUUUGUGGUGCGCAUAAAGACAUGAACUGUGAGAAACGAUACAAGUACAGCAUGAAGAUCUGACAGUACCUGCUUCUGGUUCAAGCGGGUUGAACAUUGAAGACAGCAGUAUUUGGGCAUGCAUUAGAUGUAUCGUGGUACUGCAUUUAGCCCCGUUUGUUUUUUGUUUUCUUUUCCUCCAGGAAUUACUUGUUUUCACUAUCUCAAAAUGACUUUCCCGCAACCUCCUCAUGAGAGCAUGUACAACCCCAUUUAAGGGCUAAGUGAAAAAAUACAAAAUACGGGCUCUUCGCGAAGAAUCCGUCUUAUCAUGACUUUCUAUACACGUCUUUUAGCU